GGGGCGGGGCGUGUUCUGGCGGAACGCUAAGGGGCAGGAGUUCAGGAGGGGAGGCCCCAGCAGUUACUGCGGCUUCGGGACUAGCUCCGGCUAUGGCCUCGCUCGUGAAGAAAAUAAUCAGCACUACUAAGGCCCCUGCACUGGGUCCCUACAGCCAAGCCGUGCUGGUGGACCGGACAAUGUACAUUGCAGGGCAGAUAGGGCUGGAGCCUUCCACUGGGCAGCUCGUCUCUGGAGGGGCAAAGGAGGAGGCCAAGCAGGCUCUAAAAAACAUGGGAGAAAUCCUGAAAGCUGCAGGCUGUGACUAUGGCAAUGUUGUGAAGACUACAGUUUUGAUGGCAGACAUGAAGGACUACAAUGAUAUUAAUGAUGUUUACAAACAAUUUUUCAAGGCAAACUUUCCAGCCAGAGCAGCCUAUCAAGUUGCUGCUUUGCCCAAAGGGGCCAGAGUUGAGAUUGAAGCUAUUGCCAUUCAAGGACCUCUCCAAGAUGCUUCAGCAUGACUAUAAGUAGAGACUGGAUAUCUUACGAUGGCGGUUUUAGAUUUAGUUACUACUUCUCCCUUAUAUCCAAUUCCUACAGCUGGCUAACAGCAGUUACACACAGCUGAAAUUAGUAAACUUACUGAGGAAAGGUGCUUUCUUCAGGACUUAGAGUGAGUUCUCUGCUGGCAAACCCUGAGAAGUGCCUGAGUCCUGUUAAAAUCAGCUGAGCCAGAUUGCAGGACACGACCUGCCCUUUGUGGAGGUGACUGGAUAUCCAGGUAUUAAGGUACAUACCUGGCUGAAUGUAUUAGAGUUACACUAUGGGUGAUCUGGACAUGGAAUACUGUACUGAUUUGUAAUAGUAGGUCUUUAGUAAAAAAUUUUAAAUCAGAAAAAAAUGACAGAAAUGAGAAAACAGAACACAUGAAUUGCUUAGCAUACAUCUUCACUUCUGAGGAAUUUUACUGUAUUUGCUUCUGAAUUUUUUUAAUCUCUUUCUUUCUUUCUUUACAUAAUAGAUUACUGUUGGACUCAGAUUUUUUCAUAUGUAAGCAACUGCUUAACCAAGUUAGUAUUAAUUUCAGAAAAUUUUCUGAAGUGGUACCUUUAUAAAUCAGAUGAAAAUUAAUAUCUACAUGUAACUUUUCUCAUGAUCUUUUUUAUACCAUUCAACUUUGACUGUUUUGAUUAAAAAAAACCAAUAAAAAUUAAAAAUGUUUAAUGAGAAUAAAAUUGCAACUGCAAAAAUGUGCUUGUCUAUUAUGGGAACAAACUUUUCUUUUCCUGAUUGUGGUUUGAUACUCCAUUACAAAAAAAGUCUCCAGCUUGCUUUUUCAAAAGCAAAUUUGAACCAAAAGCAUAGGCUUAUUAUUUACAUUCUAAUAGAUAAAAUUAAAUUCUCCAGGACAGGAAGCUUUCAGCUACCAUCAUUACAGUUCUUGUAGUUUUUUCCUCUGCCAUUAAGGUCAGAAGCAUUGGUUUGAUGGGGUGAUUAAGCAAUACUGAGAAAUCCAAUUGGUGAUGCUAGUAACUUACCCCAUCCCUCUGUAUUGAUCUUCUGUCAAGUAGAAAUGGAUACUGUGAGAAUAGUCAGCCCUGCUUACCAGUCCUAGAUUUGAUGUGAAAGAGCCAUUCCUUCUUUUCACUGAGCUUAUAAAUUGUACCAUUAUGGAAAAAAGAUUCCUAAUGAGGUUGUCACAGCAAAUAUGUGCAGCUACAAGGAUUUUUUUAUAAUAUUCCCUUGCUUUCUUUGGGAGAAUUACUUUCAUUAGAAGCAAGAUAAUGUCUUUAUCUCAAACAGCAAACUUUCAAACAGCCUUUGAAAAAUGCCUGACUUUUCUCUAAAUAAACUUCCCAUAUAUAAACUUUGA